AGCGGCGCCGCGCCGGUUGCCCGGAAGCCGCAGUUGCCUUGACGACGGCGGGCGCGGAGGAGCCGAGAAGCAGAGUCGGCGGCCGGGGCCAUGAGGACCUGGUGUCUGUGUCAGAUCUGCACCUGCGGGCGACAUCAUUGUCCACAUGGAACCACAAGGAUUUAUGAAAAUUCUGGCGUGUCUUGCCCCACAACUGAAUAUUUGGAAAAAUAUCCUGUGUAUGGCGAUGUUCUUCCGCCUCAAAGUCUUAAACCCAAGCAAGAAUUUCGAGCAUGCCGUGGUAAAAUGGAAGGAAUAACAACAUUUAAGUCGGAUUAUCGUCCUUAUGAUAUAGCCAAACAGCCUCACCGUGUACCAGAAGAAUGGAAACCAAAACAGGGGGAGAUUGAUCUUGGCACUACCUACAAACGUGAUUUUAAUUCUUAUAAAGUGCAGCCUGUGGCAAUAGUCCGGCCUUUGGAGAAACAACAAGUUAAAAAAGGAAAGUUGGACACUGUCCCAACCUAUAAAGAUGAUUAUAGGGCUUGGGACAUUCAGAAAAGUGAACUUCAUAAACCAGAACAAGCUUACUACCACCCUACUGUGAAAUUUGGAAAUUCAACUAUAUUUCAGGAUGACUAUGUUGCGCAGGAGGUAAAGCCUAGGCAAAGCUUUAAACCCAGCCCUGUGGUCCAGCGUCCCACAGACCCUUUUAAUGGUGACACAAGUCAUCGCCUUGAUUAUGUCCCUUAUCAGCUAGAAGUCAAGUCUGCAAGGCCAAAAGAAGUUUACAAACCAACCAACCAACCCUUUGAAGAUCUCACAACUCACCGAUACGACUUUCAGGGUCUGGUUGGUGAAACUGCAAAAAUCUGCAGACCUGCAUAUACCAGAGUGACCCAAAAAGCUCAGUUUGAAGGAAGCACUGAAUUCCGUGAAAGUUUUCGACCAUGGGAAAUCCCACCACCUGAAGUCAAGAAAGUACAGGAGUAUGUCCCUCCUACAGGUGCCAUGCAGUUAAACAGCACAAGCCAUCUCGACUAUGUUCCAUAUCAGGCCAAACGUAUUCUUCCCAUCAGGCCAGUUUCCCAUAGAAGAAAUAACAAUUAUCCUUUCCAAGGAAAAAGCACCAUGAAGGAAGAUUUUCCAGUGUGGGAAAGUUGUCGUCAGGGUCUUAUUAAGAAGCAGCAGCAGAUUCCUAACCCAUCUGGAAAAUUUGAUGGUUUGAGCACUUUCAGAUCUCACUAUGUGCCUCAUGAAUUGAUUCCAACGGAGAGUUGCAAACCUUUAAAUGUUCCUUUUAAGAGUUCUAUUCCAUUUGAUGACGUAACCGUGUACUCUAUAGAGUAUGCACCAAAGAAACAGGAAAUCUGCCCUGCUAGCUAUCCCUCUCCUCCAGGUUAUAUCUUUGAAAAUACAAAUUCCCGAGGUCAUAAAUUUUUCCGUAAGAUCAUUCCCAUAGUGAAGGCCUUCUGAUCAUCAAAUCAUGUUUAAAAGGAAGCUAACAAACAGGGUGUUGGUUUUCCAAGGGCAAAACCAAUUUUUGAUAGUAGAAAAAAAUUAUGAGAGUUAAAAAAAAUCCAUUUUUAAAUUUUUAAACAAAAUUGGCAAAUUUAUUAUAGGAAAUCAGGAUCUUAAAAUCCAUUUUGUAUUGAUAGUUUUACCAAGAUUUUUCUUUAAUAUGCAUUUCUGAAAGUUGAAUAAGGUACAUUCCCAUCUAAAUUAUUUUAAUCCACAACAUACUGUUUGGUAGCUUGUCUCCAAUCUGUUAUCAUUUAUACUUGUGUUUAUAGUUAUGGCAAUUAUAUGGUUAUUCACAUACCAGUUAUCCCUUUUCAAGGCAUUAGGACUAUCUAGCACACCAUUGAAAAUGGUACAUAGAUUCCUCUUCCAAGACAAGAAUAUUCAUUUCCUCAGACUUUAAGGCAUCUGCUUCAUGUACACCGAGUCCUGUUUUGGUGGGUGGUGUUUAAGAUGGCUGCACUGCUCCUCACUGUGUUCAAGGUAGUAAGACGAGGAAAGGCUCUGUGGCUGGGAAUCUGAGGACCUGAGUUCAAGUUCUGAUGACAUUGGUUUGUAUUUGUGCUACCCUAGGCAAGUGACUCAUGUCUUUGAGCCUCAGUGUUUUCAUUUGUAAAAGGAUAUCUGCUCUGCCUGCCUCGCAAAACUUUUGUUUUGAGCAUCAGAUCAUAUGAUACAUUGUAAUCCAUAAAGUAAAAGUGCUCAGCAAAGGUCAGGGAUUGUUAAUGAGCCACUGAGUCUCUCUUUGUACCUGUUUUCUCCUUUUUCAAAUUAGGAUAAUUGCCUACUCAGUACUCACUUUCUGGCCUGUAGCAAGGAUUGUAAAAUAACCUACCUUGCUUCCAGUUUAGGAGCAGUAUGACUUCUGAGAAGAGUCUUGCCGUCUAAAGCUUCCCGAGCUCCUGAGUUGUCGCAGAGAAUGGAGAGCUUGGAUUGGGGGGAAUAACAUGGUUUGAAUGACAGUAUUUCCAGAAAGGAAAAAGCAUUUGCCAGAAUACUUUUAAGAAUGACUGACAGCUCUGAAGAAAUCUUCAGGGUAACCUUAGUUAAUUGUGCACCUAAUUGCCAUGCCCAGAGUCAGGGUUCAGAAGAGGAACCAGGCUCAGCAUGGGGCGUAAUUAUGUCCUCCUCCUCCCCCAGUGUGAAUAUACAUGCUCAGAAGGGAGGGAAGAAAUGAUGCCAGUAAUGAAGUAGAAGGAACAUAUUGCACUUAUAAAUGCUGAAAAUUUCCUAAUGAAUUGGACUCUUUGGGUGUUUUUUUCCUUUGAAAGAUGAUUGCAUUAUGGUAUAAUAUGAUUUAUUUAUCUUAAAGUUUAGUCUUUUGUAUCUUUAGAAUUAUUUCAAACUAUAUACUUAAUUGAGA